AUGGUGAACGAAGCGGUGGACGUAAACAAGUUGGAGGCUGAAGCAGCGAGUCUCACGAACGUGACGUCCGAUGGAGAUGCUUUACCAACUACUGAAGAGUCAUCGGAAGCUGUGGAUGCUGAAAUUGAAGACAUGAAACGUCGUGUAAAGGAGAUGGAAGAAGAAGCGGCCAAACUAAGUGAGAUGCAGUCAGAAGUUGAGUCUCAGAUGGGGAAUUCGUCUUCAAACCACAAUGAGAUCAAUGGAAAUACAUCGGGAAAUGCUCAGACAUUACAGAUGGAAGACAUGUCCAUUUAUAUUGGUCAAGUGGACUAUGGUAGUACACCUGAAGAGCUUCAGGCUUUGUUCCAAUCUUGUGGUACCAUUAACCGGGUUACAAUCCUAUGUGACAAGUUUACGGGUCAACCAAAAGGUUACGCGUACAUUGAGUUUGCUUCUCAUGAUGCUGUAGAGAGUGCUCUUUUGUUGAAUGAUACAAUGUUUCGUGGUCGAAAGCUCAAGGUUACACCCAAGAGGAUGAAUGUGCGUGGAUUCAACAUGUCCCGUGGAGGACGAGGAGGUCGUGGACGAGGAAGGGGACGCGGACGUGGACGUGGACCACCUCGUGGAGGAUUCCGAGGUGGGAGAGGACGUGGUUUUCAUCCGUACUACUAG